CCCGUUAUAACCGCAGCGGCCGGAGCUAGAGCUCAUCGAGGAGAGAGGAGGAGUUGGAGGGGGGAGAUUGUCGUCGGAAACCGGACACCACCUCUGGCUCGCGGGGAGCGUAGAGACACGGGGGCGACGUAGUAUCGAGGCGGCAAAGCCCGCAGCUGUGCGGAGAUGUUGAACAUGUGGAAAGUCAGAGAGCUAGUGGACAAAGCCACCAAUGUGGUGAUGAACUACUCAGAAAUCGAGUCCAAGGUGAGAGAGGCCACCAAUGACGACCCCUGGGGACCCUCCGGACAACUAAUGGGAGAAAUAGCCAAAUCUACCUUCAUGUAUGAGCAGUUUCCAGAGGUGAUGAACAUGCUGUGGACCAGGAUGCUGAAGGACAACAAAAAGAACUGGAGACGAGUCUACAAGGCCUUACUGCUACUGGCCUACCUGAUCAGGAAUGGCUCUGAAAGAGUCGUCACCAGUGCCAGAGAACACAUCUAUGACCUGAGAUCUCUAGAAAACUACCACUUCAUUGAUGAGAAUGGUAAAGAUCAGGGUAUUAAUGUGCGGCAGAAGGUGAAGGAGAUGGUGGAGUUCAUCCAAGAUGAUGACAGAUUGAGAGAAGAGAGAAAGAAGGCCAAGAAGAACAAAGAUAAAUACAUUGGUGUCUCCUCUGACAGUAUGGGUGGAGGAGGGGGCAGCUUUAAGAACUCUAAUGAGUUAGAUCGGAAUAAAUGGGAUGAAGACUGGGACAAAAGCAGAGGAUCUUUCCCGUUUAGUGAGAAACUUGGAGAGAUCAGUGAUAAGAUUGGCAGCACCAUUGAUGACACACUCAACAAGUUCAGAAAGAAGGAGCGAGAUGACUCGCCGGACAGAAUCAGUGACAACGAGGAGGACCGAGCAUCGAGAAACGGUAGGCAGGAAACACUUGAGUUCAAAGAUGAGGAGGAAACUGUCACAACAAAGAGCAUUCAGAUCACACAAGCGACAGAAACCACCACCACCACCACACGGAAACGCACCGUUGCAGCAACCAGCAAGCCCUUGGACCUGGGUGCUGCAGCCAACUAUACUGGAGAUAAGAGCCCAGAGGAGAAGCCAUCUAGCAGGCAGUCUUCCAGCAGCGGUCUGGCUGACCUACUAGUGAUCGACCCAUCAUCCAAUCAGAGCACUACAACAGGUGGCAAUUCAGACCUCAUUGGUGGUUUUGCAGACUUCUCAUCUCCUGCAGCCUCUGCCAGCCUGCCCACCUCCACUGCUGCUGCAUCAUCCAAUGGAAAUGGAGAAUUCGGGGACUGGAAUGCCUUCUCAGCCAAUCCUCCACCAUCAUCUAGUUCUGCUCCCUCCCAGCCUGUCACUGACUUGUUUGGCAGUGUCCAGUCACCAACAGCCCCGGCUUCCAGUACCACCUCUAUCCCACCUUCUGCUGAGCUCUUGGACCUGAUGGGUGGAGUUAACAGUCAACUGACCAGUCCACAUACAACACUUAGUGCCUCUCAGAGCCUGACGUUCUCUCUGGGAGGAGUAACACCCGGAGCAUCUGGUGCUUUACCCACCAUGCCCCUUUCCCGUUCUCAACAGAGUUUGGGAGGCAUGUCGUCUCAGCCGCCCAUAGGACAACAGCAGAAGGUUGGCAUUGGAGGUCAGGGAACGUUAGGAUCAACCUGGUCUGACUCUUCUGUCAACAUUAGCCUGGACUUCCUUUCAGCGGGCUUCAACCCCACUAAGGCACCACCCACACUCAACAAUAUCAUCCAGCAACAAGGAGUGCCUCCUGUCAACCUGUUGGCCCAGAAUUUUGGAGGAUUGAACCUCAGCUCUCCACCCCAUGUGACAUCGAUAAGACAACCAGCUAAUCCCAUGAUGGUAGGCAACCCCCUGACAAUGGGCAUGCCUGCAACAAUGGCAACUGGCAUGCCUGCCUCCCUGACCACAGGCAUGCCACCUUCAAUGACCACAGGUUUACAGGGUGGGAUUCCCAUGAACCAAGGCAUGAUGGGCAUGAACAUGAAUAUGGGCAUGGCUGCUCCAGUGAUGAUGGGUGGUAUGGCUGGAAUGGGAGUUCCAGCAGUAGGAAUGGGCCUAACACACUCAAUCACCCCAGCUGUGGUCCCGCCCAAACAAGAUGCCUUUGCUAACUUUGGCAAUUUUGGGAAAUAAAGGUUUGAAAGUGUGUGUGUGUGUGUGUGUGUGCGCGCGUGCGUGCGUGCGUGUUUGUGUGAGAGUUUGUGUCUGCAGGUGGACAUGUCAGACUUUGAGGGAGUGAACCACAAAAGGACCGGUGUACGUGAAGACAACCUUGCAUGAAUCUCUCUCUCUCUCCUUCGAUUUGCUUUGGUGAGCUGACAUCAGUGAUCAUUCACCGUCCCAGUCUGCAGGGGAACGCGCCCACUGGUGCCCCUCAUCCAGUGCUAAUUGUGUGAACAUAUGUCAGAAAUACAGGAAAAGUGUCAUCACAAAGCCUCUAGUCAUUCCCUCCUUGUAGGGCAUAAAAUCCUUUAACAGUUUCAUAUACAGUAAUAGUUAUGGUAUACCCCUCUCGGUACAAAAACACUGCAGAAACCUUCCCUCUGCCCAGAGAAAGUAAUCAGUAAAGUGGAGUCCAAUAAAAAUGGCAUUACUGCCUUAACUUUGCAUUUAUAGCCUGAGAAAUCUUGAGGUUAUAGCCCAAUUCAAUAACACAAUUUAAACCAUUCCAUAAUUUCCAGGGGAUACUUUUUUCUCUCUCUUUUCCACUGACACUGUGCUAAUGCUAAUUCUGAUUUGGUGACUUGAGAACUACCCCUCAUUUCAACAGGUUUGAGAACCAAAUGUUAGAGUGUUAUGUAACAGAAGCUGUGGUUUAAAAAAAAAGCAUGGGAAGAAACCCAUGAGGGACAGAAUCUCCAGGCUGCAGCUGCAAAUUAUUGUGAAUUUCUUGCAACAGCCUCCUUAGAGUCACUCAUGUUAGUGGUUGAAACUUUGAGACCAGCAAUGUUUUUUCUUUUUCUUUUUUUUUGGCAGAUGCAGCAGGGGUUUUUUGGGGGGGGUCUUCACUGGUACCUGCAGUGACUUAGCAGGAAAGAGGUACUUUUACCUCUAGAGCAUAGAGAAUUAUUAAUCUGGUCCUUCAGAGGGCAGAAAGGUGUGCAUGCUGAGGCAGCACUGGAUGGUUAUACUUACUCUUGAGCCAUAUAAGUGCGGAUUAAUUGCUUUUACAUCUUUUCCUUUUUAUCAGGCUUGUGGCAGCUCUCUAUAAUGGAUGCUCAGUAUGUCAAUAACAUUUUGUUGCCCUUGAAAAGGCAACAUGAACUAUAAUAUAUCUAAAACUCUUCAAGGCUCUUUGAGGUUCAUAAGUCAGUCACUGUUAAAAGUGGUACUUGCCCUCUAACUCUUAUUUUACUGGAGGUGCAUUUCACGUCCACAGGCCUGAUUAAAUCGUUGUCAGUAUUUUAUUCAUAGUAUUUUCCACUCCUGUUUUCCCUUUAAACCUCCAUGUGACUGUCACUCCUUUCUACAUGUAUCUGUUAUGUCUCUUCUGAUUUUGCUUAUGGACACGGUAUAUGGCUCGUCCCACUGGCUGUGGGAAAGAGGGUCAUUGUCAUCUACAAGAGUGAAAAACACAAUCUGCAACUUUAUGUUCAUGAAAAUGAGUCGGCGCUGAAUUUUUGAGACAGCUGGUUGGUAUGUUUACUUAGAAAGUAUUUUUGUCACCUCGCACUUCACCUGAGGGGUCUCUUGGUUGCAUACCUCGCCUCAUGAACCGUGUUUUAGAAAAUAACUGGUCACACCUUUGAUAUUGAGUUUUCAUAAAUGAUUAUGAAAAGUUUGGGGAUCUUGAGUGAAGUUUGUGUGAGAGAUGAUUGAGUGUGUGUGACUUUGUGUGUGAGUAUAGUUUUUUUUUUUUUUUUUUUUUUUUUUUUUUUCUGUUUGAUGUGCAAACACAGCUCAGCAGAACCUCCUGUCAUUUUCUGAGGCACUGCACUCUGAAAGACCAAAUCUUUAUUUUGUUACUCUCAGAAGGAUAAUUCCAUAGCUAUUAGUUUAAUAUUUUAUUUGUUUACUUGUAAUUUUAUGUUCAUAUGGGAGAGCUACUGAUAAUGUAAUUUAGUUAACUGAAAUCAUCUUUUUAUUUUUUUUUUCUCAGUACAGCUCAUUUUAUUUGAUUGUACUCUAUAUUUUCUGUAUUUCAUUCAACAUUAAAUGAAAUGACAACAUGAAUUUGGGUUUCCUUUAUUUUCUAAAUAUAGGCUAGUUUGUUCAUAUUCAGUAAGACAGUAAAUACAAAGUACACAGGCAACAGAGCUACAGCCAUAUUCCUUCUUGCUAUAGCAAAAAGGAAUAUGGACAUGAAUGCCAAACGUUU